GCGGUCGACAGAAGCAAUCGUAUCAACGCGUUCAUGACGCGUGUCUAGACAACACUCUGAAUGUACAGCCGCGACGACUGUCAAGUUUGUUUAGAAAGAGUUUAAUUUAUCCCUUCUUAUUGUGAAAUCAACAAAUCAGAAACAUGGACGAUUCAAAGUUAAUUGAAUUGGUGCGACACCGUUCCUGCUUAUUUGAUCCAAAAAAUAAGUAUUAUAAAGAUUUAAAUGUCAGAGACGAUGCGUGGGCAGAAAUUGCGGAAGGCUUGAAGCAACCUGUUGAAGAAUGCAAAAGCCGAUGGAGAAAUGUGCGAGACACAUUCAUGAGACGUAAGAGGAGCCAAAAAAUUUCGACAGGAUCCGCCAGAUCGCGGAAACGAAGAAGAUGGUUUCUCGAAGGGUCUCUCGAUUUCCUUCACCAGGUUGAAAACGAAAAAGCGACUGCAGUGCCAGCAAAUUCGGGCGAUUUAGACAGCGAUGAGGAACCAAAAUCACAAACAGAAGAAACCGAAAUAGAGGAGCCGAUUUAUAAUAAUGAAAAUGCAGAAACUUUGCAGCUAAUCGAGGAGCACCUGAUAACAAUAAAGGAGGAGGAUAUCGAUAAACGAAAACACGAGGAAAAUACAAGCAGCAGGAGAAAGCAGAAAGUGACGGAUACAAUUUUAGAAACUAUUGGGAAAAAUUCGAAUGAACGACAGGAAUUUCUGUCGAAAGUAUUUGAAAGUAAGACUGAGGAUGAUCAUCCAAUCGACGUCUUUUUCAAAAGCAUGGCUGAAUCUGUAAAAAAAAUGAGUCAGGAGAGACAAAUUCGCGCCAAAAUGCAAGUUUUCCAGAUUAUUGGCCAACUUGAAUUGGAAGAACUAAAUUCCCGACCUUCUUCGACAUUCCUGUCUUAUUAUGAACAGAGUGAUUCCAGGCCAACUUCUUCGGGCUCUUCAUAAUUUGGAUAAGUUGUUGAAAUUACUUCAGUAUUAUUAUUAUUAUUAUUAUUAUUAUUAAAUAUAGUUGGUAGGGUAUCUAAGUAGGUCUUAAUAUAUAUUUUUUAAACGGUUAUUUUUUGUUGAUUUAAUGCUGAAUUUUGAUCUACUAGUCUAAAUCAAAAUGGUUAGUCUUUAGCUGUGAAAAAAAUACUCUCUAUCUCCGCUGGGAUUCGAAUUAAAGAUUAUAACCAUUUUUGUUUGGAAUUUGAGAUCAAAAAAUGUCAUUCCAUCGACAAAAAGCUAUUUGAUUAAGCUAGUCGAUAAUAUGACAUCGAAAGUCUAUUUUUUAAAAUGAUUGUAAGAAAUU